CUAGGUUUGCCGAACUUGACAGCCGAACCCGGUUUCUAGGGAGAGGGUAAAAAAAAAAAAAAAAAAAAAAUCCCUUUUCGUUCUUCCUUUUUUCUUUCUUUCUUUCUUUCUUUAUUAUCAAAGAUUCUUCUUUCAAGAGAGAAAAAUGGCGGCAUCUCCUAGAAAAUCAAGAAUACUUCGAUCCCUCUCGCCUUCCCCAAGAUUCUGUAAUUCUCACUGUCACUCUCCAUCAUCAUCAUCUUCUUCGUAUUCUUCCUCAGCUUUCGCGUCUUCAACUUCAAGCUUCUCCUCUCGCUCCACAACCUUCUUUCACCGCUCUAAAUCUCCCACACGUGUCAACCUAUGCGGUCCGUCUGUCUCCUCGGUUCGGUUCUCCCUGGACCGCUCCGUCUCUCCGAACCGGACCAUCUCUGUGGCCCCUCGCACGACGAGCGGUUCCGUUUCAUCUUCCGUGAAGAGGCAGAGUGGCCAGCAGAAGCGAACGUGCAUGUGUUCGCCCACCACGCAUCCUGGUUCCUUCCGCUGUAGCCUCCACAAGGGAUUCGGUUCUCACUCGGCGUCAUCGGCGGCGCAGUACUCUCAGAACAGGCUCAACGCGCGUAGAUCGGCGAUGACGAACUCGCUGGUGAGAAUUCGCGGCGUUGAGGGGGAUCUGGUGAAGAGAGCUCUCUCGGCGUUGAUUCGCCCUUCGUCGCAUCAGCAGAGAAGGAGAGGGGACUUUCACCCUAGACCUAGCAGGCUCUCCGUUAUGUCCAAGGCAGAGAACUCCUGAGGCACGCUACAAUUGUUCGGUUUCUUCGCUGUUCCGUUCAUUUUCCGACCACCAUGGAGUGCGACGGCGGCGGCGCCAGAUCUCGGCGAAAUGGCUUAAGAUCUAACGGCUGCGCGGGCGAUUCGGAAAUCCAAGCGAGAGGACUAAUGAUGUGCUUAGUCUGGGUGUAUGUGUGUGCAUAUAUAUAUAGAACAUAUAUCAAUCAGUGGCAGCCAUUGAUGGCCAUUCUUGGAGCUUCUGGACCUAAUUUCAUGAAAUACAAUUUUGAUUAAAAUAUAUAACUAAUUCUCACUUUAAAUUCAAAAUUAAACCCCAAUCAAAUUUUGUUGGAUGUCAAAUCUUUCUAUUCGUCGUUCAAUUUCUCAGUACAGUUGCACUUUAUUUUAUAAUUUUUCUUUUUCACUUUCUUUUUUCGUCUAUUUUUGAAAUUUUACGUAACGUUACGUAACGUUUCAUUUAGUUUUCUUAGUUUCUGUAGUGUCCGUUCUGCGUUCGUCGUCUCACUCGUCUGGGACUCUGGGUGUACAUUUCGUGUAUUUUUCCGUAAUCGUUUGUAUAUUUAUUUUUAUUUUUGAAUUUGUUUGUGUAGAUACGUAUUCCGCCCGUAUUGUUUUUUUGUUUUUUGUUUUUAUUUGUUAUGAUUCAUUGAAAUUAUUAUUUUAUCUUUGGUGGUCUAAUAAUUAUAUUAUUUUUAAUUUUUGCAGGGAAUAUAAUUGUGGUGGCGAGUGGUGAGCCAAUAUGGGACAUGAUAAGUUGGGGACCAUGAGCAUCAGGACGAUAGAGAUAUCGAAAGCUUUAUCCGAUUCCCGUCUGCCAGAGACUUUAGAGAUGAAAUGAUGAAUGGCGGUGGCGUGAGACAUGGGAAUGACAUGGAAAAUGAUGGACCCUUUUAAAGAUAAAUAUCAUAAAUACAUCACAAAAUUGAAAUUUGUGGGAUGAGUAAAAGUAAAAGAUUCUAAGAAUCAAAAUUAAUCUCACAAGAUAAAGGACAAAAUUACAUGGAAUACUAGAAAAGUAAAAAACAGCCUUUUCUCUGUUUUGCUAUUAUUACUAUGGGCUUUAAGUGUUUGCUGUCGCAGGAAACACUUUUAUUUUGGGCCCAUGCCGUUUUUUUGAUAAAAAAAAAAACAUAACACAAGUUUAUGAGAACA